UAAAGGACGCGGCAUUCGGAAGACUGAGAACACUGCUCUGUUGGGAGUGACCUCCCUUCUAGCUAAUUUCCAGGCACAGUGAUUUCUCUCUUGGGUUGUUUGACUGCUCUUUCCAUGUAACUCUCAUGCCAGGACCCUGAGGGUGUCCUGGGGCAAGGUUAGGGGGCUGUCACUGGAUCACUUUGUUCUCCCUCCCAGUGUGGCCACGUUGAAGAUUCACCUUUCCCUAUAUUUUUAUUAUUAAUUUGCCUUUUUAGUUGGCUUAUCGAAGAUGGCUGAGUAGGGCUGAAAGGGCAAAGACUCUGACGGUAGUAAAAUCCAGCCACAGCAUCACUGACAGGGACAAAGAGGAGAUGGGAAUCUUCCUUCUGGCUCUCCACUCCAGGACUGUGGAAAGGGGGACAGAAGUGGAGGAUGGAGGAAGGGCGAGUCUCUGGUGCUAAUCCCAGCUUCCUGUUGGGAUUGUCUUCGACUGCUGCACGGGGGGCCUAUCUUCUUCGGAUGUCGCAGCUGUGGAAAUAGAUCUCUCCUCUCACCUGUUUUUACGCAAUAGGCACUUAACUAACUUCCUGUCAGAAGGAUACAUGCUUUGGAAACAGAAGACAGUGUUGUGGACUCUGGUACUAAACUGCCCAUCUCUGAGAGGGUAGUGAGUGGCUCACCUCGGCCAAGAAUUCAGCAAAUCUGCAGGGGGAAGGGAAGAGUCCCAGGCAUUCUGGGCCAGAGCCGCAGCCUGUUCUGUAAAUUUGCCCAGGGUUUGCCUGGUCCUCUCCAGAAACCACUGGGUCCUUAGGAGUCCCCUCUCCUAAGCCUGACUGACUCUGCUCUCCUUAUUGACUCAAAUGUUCAUGCCAGGUCCUAUACAUUUUAUUCUUGUGGGAACAGGAAACCAAGUCACCCCAGCUUCUCACUCAACAAACAUGGGUCCACCCGGGGUUAGCGCCAGCACCAGGUGCAGGAAGAGUAGGGCCAAAGUCUGGGGAACCCCAUUCAGGGGCCUCCCAAGGUGGAUCUCCGGAAGAGAGAGACACCCCCCCCCCCACGCCGGAAGAGGAGGAGGUCAGGGCGGAGUCUUGGGCUGUUUCCUAAGCACCAGAAGUCCUGGGCUGGGUCCUGGGCUGGACUGUACUCUUGGGAGGAGCUCUUCCUGGCGUCCCCAGAGCUGCCUAGGUAACUAACCCGCUGGGCCAUGGCCUCCCUCGGUAGUGAGAGCUGGAGUGGUGCCCCAACACAGAGUACAGCCCCUACGCCCUGGGUGACCAUCCUGCAGCCUUUGCCUUGGACAGUCGCCUCUCCUCAAACUCAGCAUAACCGAGUCAAGGAAGACCUGCUGGAGCUGAUGAUGCUACAGAAUGCACAGAUGCACCAGUUGCUUCUGAGUCAACUAGUGGCAGACGCCCUGAGUCCGGGGCCAGAGUGGCCCCGCCCACAGGUCCAUACAGACAGCCUCGAGGAGCAAGUGGAGGAAGAGAUGGAGAUGGGGGAGCAAGAGCCUUUGGUCUUCCACCAUCACUACUUGCCUUGCCCAGUGACCUCCUUGAGCCCCAUGUCACUCUGGCCAUCCUCUUUCCUCUCUGUUCCCCCACACCAGCCUCCCUGGCAGGGCGCACCCAGGAUCCAGCACCAGCCCCCUGCCUCCAGGCAAGGGGAGGUAAGAGAUGUGCCCCCACCUCCACCCCCGAGUGCGACGGGGACUGUAGGUGCAGAUGUACCUCCGGCUUCAGACUACUAUGAUGCCGACAGCCUGCCGUGAAGACAUGUUCAUCAGACCUCUCGCUUUCUGCUCAGGGCUGCCCCAAACCCCGGAGCCAUGAUGGCCCUUCUUACCCGCUCUGCCCCGGCAAGCCCUCACCAGGCUCUCUACUGCCACCUUGUGCCAGCUGUUCUGGAGUAAAAGCUCCUUUAAGCCCAACCAUGACCCAGAAGCUACAUAAAACCAGUUGAUCCCCUGUUUCCCAUCUGGACCAAAGGAAGGCCCUGAUACCAGAGCCCAGUUAGUCUCUGCCCCUCUCUCUGGGAUGAUGAAGGCUGUGUCCUCAGCCCUGGGGCCUAACAUAGGGGAAUUGAGAAAAGGAUAACUAAAAUAUCCAAACUCCUUAAGACUUCCAGAGGUCAACGUGGACCGAGAGGGGCCCAGCUUAGAAGGCCCCUGCACAUGAUUCAACUCCCUUGAGCCCCCUCUCAUUGUUGGCAGAAAGGAGAGUCAGGGCUGUGUCCUGAUUCAACCAGGAGCAGCACGAGGUCCCCAGAGUCAGUUGUGAACAGAAUGUCCUCUGCCUCCUCGGACCUCAAGAGGAAACAAGUUGAUCCUAAUGGUGUGGGUAGAUAGCUGGUGUCUGGGAUGCAGAGGCUUGGAAAAGCCGUGGGAGAGAGCAGGGGGAGGGAAGAGCAGAGGAGACACUGGUUGUGGACAGGUAACAAGUAGUCAUGGCUGUCAACUGUUAUCCCAGGAGCAGUCAUGGUGGGCACAGGGUGAAAUCCAGGUAUUUGUAUUGAGGCUAAAAAAGGAAAUGUCCCCCAAAUCUUCUGCUGCUGCCACAGUCCUUCAGCCAGCGCUGAACCACACCUUGAAGGCGCCAUGUUGAGUUCUGGGAACUCCCAGGCGCCUGUCAGCGUCCCCGGAGGGCUCGGGGGAGCCUCCUCCAGGCAGCUAGCACCCCGUAGGUACCUGUCCGCCUCCUGUGCCAGUGCUGGCCGAGGAUAAAGCAAAGCAGGACGGAUGUCACGAAUAAGAACAGAAGUAUUGACACCACUACAAUGAUGAUGACCAUCUGGUUGUCUUGCCUUAUUUCUGGGGAAGCAAGAGGCAGCAGUCUCAGAGAUCGUCAGAUGCCAGGAGCCCCGGGAGUCUGCCCACCACUCCCUGCGCACUCAUACAUUCCACAGUCAGCCCAGUAGCAGAGAGUAGUGACCUAAGGUGAGAGUGACAUCUAAGAGGAAGGCGGCCUAUGCUCUAGGCCAUUGGGCAGAGCAGACACCCUUCUCUUCCAGCAGCCCCUGACACCAGUAUAUGGUGGCGGGGUACCACGGCCUGAAGGAUGUCAUGGUCAGGUUUAGACCAUGCCUUUCUUGGGCGUAGCUGAGUAAGCUUCAGGUGAGCUCACUGACGACAGGCUUUGGCUCUCAAGAGUCGCAGAACAGCAGUGCUCAGGGGAGCCCGUGGAUCAGGCUAGCCAGCCUUCUCAUUGUAGAAAGAAGCCAUAACUAGAGAGAGGGGCCACACAGCUCAAUAAUGGCCAAGCCAGCUGGUUGAGUUCUUCUGGCUUCUGGAAAAGUUAGGGUUCAGCUUGGAACUUGGAGAGAGAGCCAGGGAAUCAGGGUAUAAGAGGGAGCCCUCAGGAUUAUAUGCGCACAUCAGACCACCGCCUAAGAGUGGGCCUCGUGGGUUUUCUUUCCCCACGUUGCCAAGAAGUGCUACUUCUAACCCUCUCAGCCAAUAGGGUCUCCUUACCAUAGACUUCAAGGCUCUGGUACUCUGAGAUGCGGCGGUAGAGAGACCCACCGUGGGGUCGUAGAUCCAGCUCAGCCUGGCAGGAAAAGUUAAGACCAUCCUUUUUCAGAGCUGUGCUGUUGAAUAUGGCUAUGACCUCUUCUGGGACAGUUUCAGCUCCCCCAAAUGUCUGGUUCUUCAGGGUCUCUCUGCCACAGAGCAGAGAGAGGGUGAGGCUCUCAAGGGGCUUCACAGAGGGCACCUUGCAUUCAAUGGUGAAGGCUUCACCCAUAAACACUCGAGGGGGCUGCAGUUUCAGUGUUACCUGAGCUGGAGGCUCUGUAGGAACAAAGCAGGAAGGCCAGUCAGGAUGGAACUAUGUUCCUGCAGGUCCAGCCUGGCUAAGGUCCACCUCCUAGUAUCCCAGAUUCCUCACAAAACUUGAGAGAGGAAGUGGGCUUGGCCCGCUCAGUGGAAGAGGAAGAGGAAGUGUAUGGUAGAGGGUGUGCAGGGUGCUACCUCUGCAGACAUGGUUUGGAAAAUAGAAAAGGGGUCUACAAAAAGAAGAUACAGAAAUGGUACAGCCAACUAGAAAGAUAUUAAAAAGCAUCUGGAGCCAGGCAGUGGUAGCACACACCUUUAGUCCCAGCAUUUGGGAGACAGGGACAGGCAGCUCUCUGUGAGUUUGAGGCCAGUCAGAUCUACAGAGCUAAUUCCAGGACAGCCAGGGCUACACAAAGAAAGCCUGUCUUAAAAAACAAAAACAAACAAACAAACAUACAAGCAAAUAAAAAAAAUCUGGACCCGU